AUGUGGGAGUUUCACGGGGAAGAUAUCACAGAAGUAAACGAACAUCAAGAAGAAGUAGAACCAAACAGUGAAGAGGACAUACCAUAUGACAGUGAUGAUGAUGAAGACAAUGACGAUAUGAGACCAGCAUUAGAAGAUUUAGCUAGUCAAUAUCAUAGGAAGAGUGAUUUUGUGAACCUUGGAGAUUCAAAUGAGCACAAUGAUGAAAGGAAUACAUUGCCUGACUUAUUUGCAGAAGCAGAAAAGAAGUUAUACUUUGGAUGUACAACGCUCUCAAUCUUAACAUUUAUUGUUAAUCUAAUUCACAUUAAAGUGAUGUGUGGUUGGAGUAACAAAUCAUUUGAUUUGUUGCUCGACUUACUUUCAAAAGCAUUUCCCAAAGACAAUAAAAUUCCACGAUCUUAUUAUGACGGUAAGAAAAUGUUGCGUGAUCUUGGUUUAGGGUACGAAACUAUUCAUGUAUGUGAGUAUGAUUGUGAUUUAUUUUGGAAAGAGAAUAAAAAUGCUGAAAGAUGUCCUAUAUGUGGUCAUGAACGAUACAAAUUCCAAGGAACUAAAGGCAAGAAGAUCCCACACAAAAAGAUGCAAUAUUUUCUUAUAACUCCACGACUACAGAGACUUUUUAUGUCACGCCAUACAUCAUCUGAUAUGAGGUGGCAUAAGGAAGAACAUGUUGAUACAGAAGGUGUACUUAGACACCCGGCAGAUGCAGAGGUUUGGAAGGAUUUUGAUAGACAAUAUCCAGAUUUUGCAAAAGAAUCUAGAAAUGUAAGGCUUGGAUUUGCAACAGAUGGGUUCAAUCCAUUCGGUGAUUUAUCAAACUCAUACAGUAUGUGGCCAGUGUUACUAAUGCCAUAUAACAUGCCGCCAUGGAGAUGCAUGAAACGAGAAUUCUUAAUGAUGGCAUUAUUGAUUCCGGGACGUCGUGCUCCAGGAAAAGACAUAGAUGUGUAUUUACAACCUCUGAUCGAUGAGCUGAAAGAGCUAUGGGAAAAUGAUGUACGUACUUUUUAUAUUAUUGAUAAAGAAUAUUUUACAAUGCGUGCAGCAAUAUUGUGGACGAUCCAUGAUUUUCCAGCAUAUGGUACUGUAUCUGGGUAUAGCACUCAAGGUUAUAAAGCUUGUCCUGUUUGUGAAGAUGACACAUCUUCAUUUCGAAUAAGAAGAAAAACAUGUUUCAUGGGUCAUUGUCGAUAUUUGUGUCCGAACCACCAAUGGCGCAAUGAUAUGGAGUAUGAUGGUACAAUCGAACGGCGUUCACCUCCAAGAUUUUUAACAGGAGAUGAAAUCUUAGAUAAAUUAAAAGGUGUAUGGAAAUGUAGGGCAGCGAAGGAACGACAAGAAUUUUGUACGUUCAUAAAGUCCGUAAAAUUUCCUGAUGGAUAUGCUGCAAAUAUUUCUCGGAAUGUUAACAUGAAAGAUGGAAAGUUAUUUGGGUUGAAAAGUCAUGAUUGUCAUAUUUUAUUACAGAGGUUGUUACCUAUUGGUUUAAGGCCAUAUUUGAAAAAGAAAGUAAUGGAUGCUAUUGCUGAGUUGUCGUUAUUCUUCAAAAAGCUAUGUGCGAGGACAUUAUGUGUGAAAGACUUAGACGAAUUGGAAAAGGGCGUUGUACUCACGCUGUGUAAAUUAGAAAGUAUCUUUCCUCCUGCCUUCUUUGAUGUGAUGAUUCAUCUUAUGGUUCACUUGCCAUUAGAAGCUAAGUUAGGUGGUCCAGUACAAAUGCGAUGGAUGUAUUCAAUCGAAAGAGAACAUAGAUUAUUCUUACAAUCUCAAGGAAUUAUGGUUAUCAAUCAAGUGCAAAAAAAUGAAUUUUCAACAUGGUUUGAAAAUAAAAUAAAAAAAAUGAAUGAAACAAUAUCUGGUAAAGCACAGGAAGAUUUGUAUGCAAUGCAACCAAGUUUUUUGGCUUGUACAUAUGCUGGUUGUAUGUUUAAUGGAGUUCGAUACGAUACAAAAAGUCGAGAUGAAAGACUUUUAACUCAAAACUACGGUGUUCAUGUUGAAGCAAAAUGA